CCAGGCAACCAGUGGGUAGGUGGCAAAGUGUCAGACUGCAUAAGUUAGUCUACAUCUCAGAAAUAAAGAAGACACAACAAGAUGAAAUAGAACAAUUGGCAAGAAGUGAGAGCACUGAAGAAGGUAAAGCAGGGAGGACCAAAGGCAAGUCCAAGGAAAGGACUUCCUGACAGAAGCACAACUGACAGUGCAUGUAAGAUGGAGGGAGGACCACUCAGUGCUGAGAAGACUCUUCAUCCUUUUCCCCUGCUCGAGCUUCAGGGCGUACCCCUCAGGAGCUACAUCGUUGACAACUGGAGCUCCAUCUCAGCCUUCUGCCCUGAUCCGUCUGACCUGCUCAUUGCCACCUACCCCAAAGCAGGUACCAAAUGGGCCCAGGAGAUGGUGGAUCUGUUACUGCACAGCAGAGACAUGGACAUUUGUAAGAGAGCCCCUACUAACAAACGCAUGCCAUUCCUGGAAAUCCAGCCAUAUCCAGAUUUACCCUCAGGGCUCGACCUGCUGAAGUCGAUGAAACCUCCUCGAGUCAUUAAAACACACUUACCCGUACAGCUGGUGCCCAAAGGGUUCUGGGAAAAUAAAUGCAAGGUUAUUUAUGUGGCUCGAAAUGCAAAGGAUAACGUUGUUAGCUACUACCACUUUGAACGCAUGAACCGGUACCAGCCAGAGCCUGGGCCUUGGGAGGAAUACAUCCACAAGUUUAUGAAGGGAAACUUGGGAUGGGGCUCCUGGUAUGACCAUGUGAAAGGUUACUGGAAGCAAAGAGAGAAGCAAAACAUCCUUUACCUUUUCUUUGAGGACAUGAAAGAGGACCCUCGGCGGGAGGUAGUGCGGAUCAUGCACUAUCUGGACCUGUCAUUAGCUGAUGAUGUCAUUGACAAGAUUGUGCAGUUGACAUCCUUCAAAGUCAUGAAGGACAAUCCCAUGGCCAACUACACGUUUAUUCCACAGGCAAUUUUGGAUAUCUCACCUUUCAUGAGAAAAGGAGAGGUCGGAGACUGGUCCAAUUAUUUCACAGCAGCUCAAUCCCAAACGUUUGAUGAGGACUACACCAAGCAAAUGGCAGAUGUGGACAUUCCCUUUUGAAGCAGCUUAUAAAGAUUUGCUCCAUAAAAAUCAAAAUGGCUCCUUGGCCAACCACAGCAUGUAUCUGACUUUGGUACUGCAGUAAGCUUUGGGACACUAAGGACACAGAAUUUGCAUGUAUCAAAUCUAAACUCCAUUAUCUUCUUACUAAAUGGGCAUCAUGUAAGAAGCCUUAAUGACUGUAAAUUAAUUCAUAAUUAAUGUGGAUACCUGCUGACUAGAACAUUUUACUCCUAGUUAACAAUUUUAUUAAUGAUAUUUGUAGAUUAUUGGACUGAAGUGCCCAACAUUUUGUUGUCAGAUAUGCUAAUUCACAGAAGGACGUACUAAUUCAAUUUCAAGAACAUGUGUACUUAUUUCCAUAGGUAAUUUACAAUUUUCAAAAUGUAUUUACAAGCUUUUAA